GAUAUAGCAGCCCACAGUGAUGUUUCAGUCACAGUAAGAUAAUAGUCAUAAGAAGUGUGCGUCUCCUGCAGUAGAGAUUGGAAGGAAACAUGUCUGAGAGAAGGAUUCAAAGUCUAAAGUGAGUCACGCUGAGGUAAGUGUGUUGAGAAAACUUCCUCUUCUCUUCCUCCAUGGUGCACCUGUCAGAGGAGGCGGGGUCACUGACGUCACCUGGGUCUGUCCUGGGGGGGGGAGGGGUGAUGAUUCGCGUCAGACGCCAGCUCUCUGUGGAGAAGUUUGUCCUCAGUCCGGCUGUAAACACUCUUCUUCAAGACAAACUCAGCCGAACAAACAUGUCUAUUUAAGUGACAGGUGGAACUACUAUGCAGAGCAGCGGCCUCGUCGCGUUUUUCUUCAAACAUUCAGGAUUUCUGGUGGAUUUUGAAUCGCCUGCAGGUUAAAGAGUGAGGCUUCCGCGGAAGGAUAAGGAGCAGCGAGAUGGGAAAUAUGAUACUGAUGGCGCUGCUGCUGGUGCACCUGCCCACAGAGCUGCUGUCCAUCCAGGUGAUUGUUCCUGAGACAGAGAGGAGCACGAUGCUGUUUGCCUCUGUGAUCCUGCGCUGUGACUACUCCACUUCAGCCAACAUUCAGGACGUCCUGGUCACCUGGAGGUACAAGUCCUUCUGUAAAGACCCAGUGCUGGAGUACUACUCCACAGCCUAUCAGGCCGCUCUGCAGCUAGGUCAGGACCCUGCCAACGACUGCCCGGACCGCCAGCGCACAGUCCGCACCGUGAUCCAGAAGAGAGGCACUAAUGAGCCCAUCCUGGGUGCAGACUACAGGGAACGCAAAAUUACUAUUCAAAACAAGGCUGACCUUGUCAUCACUGAGGUGAUGUGGUGGGAUAAUGGCGUGUAUUUCUGCAACAUCGAUGCUGCUGGUGACACAACGGGAGACUCUGAUCGUGAAGUCAAACUCAUCGUGUACCACUGGCUUACGGUCCUGUUGAUCAUCCUCGGUGCUCUCAUGCUCAUCAUCCUCUUCUGCAUAUGCUGCUGUCAGUGCUGCCCACAGAAGUGCUGCUGCUACGUGCGCUGCCCAUGUUGUCCACAGACAUGCUGCUGCCCAGAAAAAGCUGUGAUGCAGCACAGGAUGCUGCAGGAGGCUCAGAAGGCCAUGGCUCCUUGGAUGCAUGGUCAACCUAUUUACGCUCCGAUUAGCUCCAACGCUUCCUCUCAGGGCGUUCCCAUACUGCAUUCAGGUUCGUACUCGGACUAUCCCGUCAAACAAAACUUUGCCAUGGCUCCCAUGCAGUUGUCACCCAUGGCCCUGCAGCAGCAGCCCCCUCCUCCUCCUCCUCAUCACCACAUGAAUGGCAGUGUGCGCAACAGCAUUCAAGGCACCGGCCAGGUGCUAGACUACCUGGAGAACCAGGUGAGGGGGCUGGAUGUGGCCGCACCUCAAAUGGCUCAUUACGGUGUCCAAAACAUGCCCCAGUUACAACCUCACUUCCAGCCUCAGCCAGCGCCUGUGCCAGUUCCGUACACACCAGGGCCCCCGAGCAUGCUUUCGGCCCUUGAUGAGAUGGGGGUCCGAGGGGUUGAGAGAAGGGUGAUCACCCUGCCUCCUAUUGUCCAGCGUGUACCCAGCUUCACCUCACGCAGGGGGCCUGGAGGUGGAGAUGGAGCCAGAGGUGGUCCCAGACAAUCCAGCCAGUCUAGUGGGAGCACAAACCGCUCUGGAGGAGGUCUCCCCCGGAACAGUCGUGGCUACAGAGAUGUCUCUCCUCCCAGGCGAGGGAUCCUGCGCGAGUACAGCGAUGACUCCGACUGGGACAACAGGCGAGGAAGAGCACCAAACAGGAAUUCGAGGAACGAGAGAGGAAGCUCAGGCGGGAGGAGAGAUGGUGGAUCCAGACCUCGCGCUCGUAGUCGUGAUGACCUGAUGGAGGAGCUGCACAGCAGAGCAGCAAGGAGGGAGAGGAGCUAUUCACCUCCUCAGCGUCACAAAGGGUCCUGGAGCUCAGAUGAAGAAGACAGCAGCAGCAGGAGGAGGAAAGGAGGGAAAGGAAAGGAUUGGCCAGAGAAGCCACCCAGCUACUUCUCCAUAGAGAACCAGUCCAGACACGGUAACAGCCGGAGGAACUACACCCACCUCUCUGAUAGAGGCUCCAAUAGCAGCACCAGCGUAGUCAUCUGAAGCAUUUCUCUCUUCUUCUUUUUUUUUUUUUUCUAAACCUUUUCCUGAAUGUUUCCAGAACUGUGAAAAUGAAGACCAUCAGCAGGUGCCUUCAUCUGUUCAAUCAGAGAUAUAGUUGUUGUGAUAGUUGAUUGUUGGUGCUGAAAAUGUACUGUAUAGGUAUAUUUUACUCUGUACGCACUGUAUGUAAUUACAACAGAAAUACAAUUUUAUGCAUGAAGAAAAGUUGUUCAACUGAAACCAUACAUUGCAGAUAAUAUGCAGUUAUAUCAGAGACAUUUUAAGAAAAGCUCUUGUAUUUGAGAUGAUUAGUGUGUGAUUCUUGUUCUAGCUGAAUUUAGUGGUGUAAUUUGUACGUAUGUGAUUUCCUCCUGGUGAUGGAUUAGAGGAUCCUUUUGUUAUUGUUUAUGAAGUAAAUGUUUAAAAGUUUGAACAAGCAGAUUGAUGGAUACUGUCGGAUUAUGAAGGUUAUUUAGGUUUAACAUAUGUGUUUUUGCAGUAGUGUAUAUUUGUGUUUUUUUAAAAUAAUCUCAUAUUUUUACAUAAUUCCUUGUACUAUUUUAUUUCUUUUUUAUCUUCGUCUACAGUAACAUUGUUAGACAGUAGCAGCAAUAGUUGCAUUGGAUGAACCACACCAUAUGAUGAACAGAUAUAUAAUUUGCAUUUUCAUUCAUGUUUGCUUUUUAUCACAAACAUGAUGAGAGAUGUAUCGUGAUAUAUGUGUUUGUCUUAAAUAAACCUUUUUAGAAACAGUGA